AUGAAUGUUGACAAAAUCCAUACUAUCAAAAGAUGCCCUGGAAGAGUUAUUCAUCUGAAUGGAAUAGAAGAUCAAUUGUUGAAGCAAAGGACUAAAAUAGAUUGGCUUAAGAAUGGUGAUAAGAACUCAGCUUACUUCUAUGCUAUGCUCAAAAUCCAAAUUGUGCAGAAUCAAAUUCUCAACCUGGUCAACAAUGAUGGAGUAGUCUUAACUACUCAAAAAGAUAUUGAGUAG